UCUCCCGGUGGCGCGGGGCCGGUGGCGGAGCGGGCCGGGGCGGCCGCCGGAGCCGCACGAAGGGUGGCGCUCCCUGCCCGCCGUGCGCACCGCCGGGAUGUGCCCGGGCUGCAGGCAUCCGGGCCCAGGCUGAGUCUCCGCUCUGGGCGACGGUGACAGGCCGCGGCUGCGAGUGAGAGGCCCUCUUGGCCAGCGCCAAGCCAGUGCCCAGAGGCAAUGAGUACAGAAGUGGCUGUGCCUGAGGGUGCCAGCAGGGAUAUGGAGGCCGUGUGCUCAGAGCUGCUCCUGCCCACGCCAGGAGAGGCAGGAGUCUUGGGGAGCCCUAGCGUGGCCAGCGCUGAUCUGGCUGGAACACCUCCGCUGCCUGCCAGCCAGGACUUGCUGCUGGCAGAGGCAUCGAUGCUUGGGGAAGGGGCUCACCCCGAGGGAAGCGAUGUGGAAAUAUUCAUCGAGGCAGUGGCUGGCAGUGGGACUCUGAGCAACGCAGCCAGCGCCACAGAGGUACUGGUCAAAGUAGUGGAGCUGUAUUUCUGUCAGAGGUGCAGCCAGAGCUUCCCGGAGGCGUCCCUGCUAUCCCAGCACCAGUGCCUGCUGCUGCCCCACACAGAGCACCUGGAGCUCCCUGGAGCACUGUUGGGGUCUGCUAGAGCGGGCCAGAGCAAGCCAGGGAGCUUGGACCUGCCCAGAGCUGGCCCGCAGGAGGGCUCUGUUCCCGAGCGCCUGUUGUGUCCCAUCUGCCAGCAGGCGUUCACACAGCCCAGUGAGCUCAAGGAGCACUUCAAGACCCACCGUGCCCCCGCGGGAGCCCUGCCCUGCCCUGAGGAGGGAUGCUGCUUUGCCACAGAGGAUCGCAAGCAACUGCGUGGCCACCUCCGCCACCUGCAUGGGGCCUCUCCCGUGUCCUGUGCCUACCGUGCCUGCCCGCUGCUCUUCCCCAGCCCCCUGGCCAUGGAGCAGCACCACCGCACCCACUUCCCCUUCCACUGCAGCCACUGCGACUUCGUCACAGCCAAUGCCAAGCUCUUCUGGCAGCACAGGAAGGGCCACACCAUGGAGCCCCCUGCCGAGACACCCACUGAGACACCCAUAGCAGCAGCAACAGCAGAAGGACAGGAGGAGGCAGGGAUUUGCCACUCUGGCUGGGAUGCCGCCUCAACAAAAGACAGACCAGCAAAACCCACAGGCACCAGGGAAAGUUCCUUAGAGGGGAGGAAAGCAUCAGCUGGAGAACAGGACUCUGGCAGUGGUGGGGAUGAGUCACCAGAGGAGGAUGGUGAGAGCCCCUGUGAAGGCGAGGCCAAAGAGGAUGGAAAGGCAGCUCCUGAGAAAGCAGGAGUGCCACAGACAAGGCACUUCAGAGGAGAUGUCAUAGAAGGCUCCGAGUACCUCUACAAAACCCACAUGUGCCCUGAAUGCAAGCGGUGCUUCAAGAAGCGGACACACCUGGUGGAGCACCUCCACCUGCACUUCCCUGACCCCAGCCUGCAGUGCCCCAACUGCCACAAGUACUUUACCAGCAAAAGCAAGCUGAAGAUCCACAUGAUGCGGGAAAAUGGCGAGAAGGCUCAUCGCUGCCCGCUCUGCCACUACAGCUCGGUGGAGAAGAAUGCCCUCAACCGCCACAUGGCCAGCAUGCAUGAGGACAUCUCCAACUUCUACUCUGAUGUUUACUCCUGCCCUGUCUGUGAGGAGAAAUUUCAGCUCAGCCAGGCCCUCAAAGAACACUUGAAGUCUCACAAAGCUGAGCCCAAGAAGUUGAACUGCUUCCAGGGCGGUUGUGACUACUGCACUGAGGAGCGGAAGGAGUUUGUCCGGCACCUCAAGGAUGCUCAUGGCAUCAAGGCAGUGGAGUGCAAGUACUAUGCCUGCUCCCUGCUCUUUGGCACAGCUGAGGCCAUGGAGGCUCACCGAAAAACUCACUAUGCCUUCCACUGUCAGCAGUGUGACUUCAUCUGCUCCAACAAGCACGUUUUCCGCAAGCACAAGAAGCAGGGGCACCCAGGCAGUGAGCAGCUCCAAUGCAGCUUCUGCCCCUAUGCCACUUUCAACCCUGUCGAGUUUCAUGACCACGUGGGCAAGAUGCAUGCCAAUGAGAAGAUCCACAAGUGCACCGAGUGUGCCUUUGCCACUGCACAUAAGAGGGUGCUCAUCCGGCACAUGCUGCUGCACACUGGAGAGAAACCUCACAAGUGUGAGCUGUGUGACUUCACUUGCCGGGACGUGAGCUACCUGUCCAAGCACAUGCUGACCCACUCCAACGACAAGAACUUCAUGUGCACCGAGUGUGGCUACAUCACCAAGUGGAAGCACUACCUGAAUGUCCACAUGCGCAAACACACUGGAGAUCUCCGUCUGCCUUCAGGGCUGCUGGGAGUGCCUCUGAUGUGGCGUGUGGGGGUGAUGUGGUCACUGUGGAAUUCCCAGGGCAUCUAUCUACUGUUCCCAGGCUGGGGGCGUAAAGCACCAGCUGUGCCAAAGGCUACAGCAGAGAGGAACUGCCUAUGGCAAGAGCUGCCUGGAUGGCAAAGGUACCAAUGCAAUCAGUGCUCCUACCGGUGCCACCGUGCCGACCAGCUGAGCAGCCACAAGCUGCGCCACCAGGGCAAAAGCCUGAUCUGUGAGGUGUGCGGCUUCGCCUGCAAGCGCAAGUAUGAGCUGCAGAAACACAUGCAGGUGAAGCACUCGCAGAACUACCAGGUGCCUGUCUUCCAGUGCCAGUACUGCUCCUACCAGACCAAAUACAAGCAGGCGCUGCUGAACCACGAGAAUUGCAAGCACACCAAGCAGAAGGAGUUUCGCUGUGCCCUCUGCUCCUACUGCACCUUCAGCAACACCAGCCUCUUCUUCCACAAGCGCAAGAUCCACGGCUACGUCCCUGGUGACAAGGACUGGCUGGAAAACUAUGCCAGCAAGGAGCUGGAGAUCAGCUCACCUGAGACACUCUUCAGCUAUGAUCUCGGAGCAGCCCUGCGCAUGGACACCAACUCUCCUCUUGCUGGCAAGGAGCAGUGGGCAAAGGCAAAGACAUCCCAGCUGGAAUCCCAGGGGGAAGAAGGCUACCAGCAAGUGUUUGUAGUGCCUCUCCUUGGGCAGGAUGCUGCUCCACCAGAGGAUGGCAGUGAGGCAGAGAGAGGUGUGGGCAAGAGUGAGCAGAGCCAUCCUACUGCUGCAGAUGUCCUGGCAGAUGACUGCAUGCAAGGAGAUACUGUGACAAUCUCGACUGAACUCACUGCUUCUGAGGAUGUGGCAGAGACCUGUACCUUGCACUUGGAGGCAGUGAAUGACCCCCUCCUGGAGCAUUUGAGUGGAGAAGCCUGUGUGGCACAGCCAGAGAGUGUGGAAGUGUUGUCCUGCAAGGAGGCUCCUGCAGCCUAUGAGGUGCUGGGCUCCCGUGAUGACCUUGGCUUGGAGGACAAUGACAAUACACUUGAAGACAUCCCAGAGUUUGAAGAGGAGGAGGCAGAUGUACAGGAGGAUGAGAUGAUGAGGAUGGAAGGCAGUGUAGCAGCAGAAGACAGACAGGGAAAAGACAAUCUAGGGCAGAUCAAGGGGUCAUGUUCAGAGCACUGUAAUUUGGUGCCAGACACCGAGGUGAGAGAGCCCAGCCAAGCUGAGCUGCCAGAGGCUUGGCUCAGCGUGCUAAAGACAGCUGAACAGAGCCAUCCACCUGUCACAAAAGGUGUGGCCACCUCUGAUGGUGAUGCCAGGGGUGGCUCAGAGUUGGCGCUGAAGGCUCUGCGGAAGCAGGAUAAAGAGCAGGCUGAGACUCUGGUGCUAGAGGGCAGGGUGCAGAUGCUGGUGGUGCAGUCAGAGAGCCAGAUCUUUAAGUGUGAGAAGUGCUCGUACAUCACACGGAAGGAGAAGUCCAUGUCCCUGCAUUCUAGAGCCAGCUGCCAGAGCCGCCGUGCCCCGCUCUUGUGCCGAGAGUGUGGUGCCAGCUUCAAGCAGCAAAGGGGGCUCAACACCCACCUCCUCAAGAAGUGCCCAAUCCUCCUGAGGAAGAACAAGGUCUUCAAACCAGCUGGUCAGGAGCCCUCUGGGUUGUGCCAACCUCCUGGCCAGCCUGGUGAUAAUGGCACAGAAACAGUAGAGAGCAAGAAGCAAAGCUCGGAGGAAUCCGGGUGUGCUGAUAGGCCCUGGAAUAAUGAACUGCUGCCUGACAAAACCCAGGCUGGAGGCAGCCCUUUGGCCGGGGAGCAGGCACUGGGCUGUUCAGCUCCUGAGAAAUCCCCACCAGGUGACAUCACAGAGGUGGCAGAGGAGCCUCACCAGAAAGGGCAUGGGGCUGAACCAGGUGGAGCCACUCCUCCCCUCCAGCUUGUGAAACCUUCAGAGAAGUACAGGCUGGAGGGAGGGAAGCUGCACUGCAAUGCCUGCUCCUUUGUGUGUUCUCGUGUCUCCACCAUCACCUCCCACGUGGAGGAGGGAUGCCGAAGCCUGGAACAGUUUUGGUGCUCUCUGUGCCCUGAGGCCUUCCGCUCCCGGAGGGCCCUUAAGAGCCACUGUGCUGAGAAGCAUGUCCUGUGUCCUGAAGAGAAUGGACCCCAAAGCACGAAGCUCCUCAAGUGGGACUUGGCCAGCCUUGAGAUAGGCCAGCCCAGCGAGCUUCCACUGGAUGUACCCCCCCAAAAAGCCACCUUGCCCAAGAGGAGGCGUUUCUCCUGCCCCACAUGCCCCUUUACCUGCCACCAGGAACGGGCCUUGAAGACACAUAAGAAGAGAGGCUGUGUGACGCUGGGGGAGUUUCGCUGCUCCUCCUGCCCUUUCACCUCCAAGGCAGCCAAAGCCCUGAGGCUGCACCGCAAGCUGCACCGCAAGCACUACAGCAAGCGGCCGCAGCUUCAGUGCCACCAGUGUGAGUUCACCUGCAAGCAGGCCCGCUGCCUGCGGCAGCACGUCCGCAUCAAGCACGACGGAGUGAAACCCCACAAGUGCCCCUACUGCGAGUUCAGCACCACACGGCGCUACCGCCUGGAAGCUCACCAGUCCCUGCACACCGGCGUCGGGCGCAUCGCCUGUGGCAUCUGCAGCCAGACCUUUGGCACCAACUCUAAGCUGCGCAUCCACCGCCUCCGGGUGCAUGAGAAGACUCCCACCCACUUCUGCCCGCUCUGCGACUACAGCAGCUACCUACAGAAUGACAUCACUCGCCACGUCAACAGCUGCCAUCGCGGUGAGCUCAAUUUCGGCUGCUCUCGCUGCGAGGCUCGCUUCAGCUCUGAGACGGCCCUCAAGCAGCACGUCCUGCGGCGCCACGAGGAGAAGGUGUCCUACGGCUGCCCACGCUGUGGCUUUGUGUGUCACAGCGAGGCCACACUCAAGUGCCACCUGCAGAAGCAGCACCCACACCUGGAGUGCAGCACCUGCAAGGAGACCUUUACCACCCGGGAGGCUCUGGAGGAGCACAAGACGCAGCAUUUCAGCCACCGCUGUGAGCUGUGCAGCUUCGCAGCCAAGGAGCGGCAGCAGCUGGUGUGGCAUUACAUGGAGAGCCACGAGCCGGCUGCCCCGCAGGACAAACCUCUGCAGUGCCCCUUCUGUGACUUUUCCUGCUGCCACCAGCUUGUCUUUGACCAGCACAUGAAGGGGCAUGGGGGCACCCGCGUGUACAAGUGCUUGGACUGCAAAUAUACCACCAAGAACAGGCAGAAGAUCACAUGGCACAUCCGCAUCCACACCGGCGAGAAGCCCUACAAGUGCCACCUCUGUAAAUACGCCUGCGCCGACCCCUCGCGUCUCAAGUACCACAUGCGGAUCCACAAAGAGGAGCGGAAGUACCUCUGCCCAGACUGUGGCUACAAGUGCAAGUGGGUAAACCAGCUCAAGUACCAUAUGACGAAGCACACAGGCCUGAAGCCCUACCGCUGCGACGAGUGCGAGUACCGCACGAACCGGGCCGACGCGCUGCGGGUGCACAAGGAGACGCGGCACCGGGAGGCUCGCUCCUUCAUCUGCGAGCAGUGCGGCAAGGCCUUCAAGACCCGCUUCCUCCUCAAGACCCACCUGAAGAAGCACAGCGAGGAGAAGCCCUACGUCUGCAACGCCUGCGGGCGGGCCUUCCGCUGGGCCGCCGGCCUGCGCCACCACUACCUGACCCACACCAACGAGCACCCCUUCUUCUGCCGCCACUGCCCCUACAGAGCCAAGCAGAAGUUCCAGGUCAUCAAACACAUCCAGCGCCAUCACCCUGAGUGUGGAGCUGGUGACCCCAGCCAAGGGGUGGGAAAGGACCCCAGUAUGCCCAGUGUCCACCUCCACAAUGUGCAGAGGGAGAGCCAGGCUGAGGGGCCCCCCGGGCCAGAGCAGGAGCAAGGGUUCCCUGCAGAGAAGGAUGGGGCUUUGCAGUGAGGCCAAAUCCUGGCAGCUUUGAGGCCCCAGUGGUGCAGGCCUGGUACAGGGCCGUAUGUGUGUGUACAGAUGUGUGUAUAUGGAGUGUAAAAUAUGUGGCUGUAUAAAAGGAAUCUCUCACCUCC